AGCCUCCCGCGGGACCCUCUCGGAAAUGAUGCCACCGCCUCGAAAUGGACAGACAGCGCCCUUGGUGGGGAAGGCAGAGACGCAGCCUGGCCGCCAGACCCCCCCAGCCCUCCAACCAGCACCCACACCUCUGCCAGACGCAGCUGUGACACAGCCCACCCCAAAUGACCUCCUGGGGGCCAAGACCCCCACUGCGCCUGUCUCGGAACCAGGCUCUGCCUGCCAGACGUGCCAGCCCAGCCCGCUGCCCACCGCCCCACUUCUGGAAGCAGAGAGCUUGCCCCCUAAGAGUGAUCGCCCCCCGCCCAUUGGAGCCCCGAGCCCACCUCAAACAGAGGAAACGCGUGGCAGUGCCCGCCUGCCCCCGAAGAGCGAGCAGCCUCCCACUGCCCAGGGUUCGGCCAGCCCCCGGGCAAAACAAGAUUCCCAGAAGGCCCAAGCAAGACACAGGCUGGCCCGGGAGCGUCGCGAAGAGCGAGCCAAACAUCUGGCCGCCAAGCGGGCAGUGUGGCUGGAGAAAGAAGAGAAGGCCCGCGUGUUGCGGGAAAAGCAGCUGGAAGAGAGGCGGCGGCGGCUUGAAGAGCAGCGGGUGCGAGCAGAGAAGCGGCGAGCUGCCCUGGAGGAGCGUCAGCGUCAAAAGCUGGAGAGGAACAAGGAGCUCUACGAAGCCGCCAUCCAGCGCUCAACGAAGAAAACCUGGGCUGAGAUCCGGCAGCAGCGAUGGUCGUGGGCCGGGGCGUUGCACCAGGGCUCCCCUAUUCACAAGGAGGGUGCAAACAGGUGCUCUCUCUCUGCUGUAAAUCUCCCCAAACAUGUGGACUCUAUAAUCAACAAACGCCUCUCCAAAUCUUCUGCCACCCUCUGGAACUCACCCAGUAGAAACCGUAGUCUUCAACUUAGUCCUUGGGAGAGUAGCAUCGUCGACCGGCUGAUGACACCCACGCUUUCCUUCUUGGCACGUAGCAGGAGUGCUGUGACCCUGGCCGGCAACGGCAAGGAACAGGCAGUACCCGUGUGCCCCCGCUCAGCUUCUGCCAGCCCUGUAAGCCCCUGCAAAAACCAACGUUUACACCAUCGUUGUGCGGAGCGACGGCGGCCAGCAACCAGCAGCCCCGAUGUAACACCCCGGUGUAAGCCUCAGUCCUCUCCUAAAAAGAAAGAGAAGAAAGACAAGGAUCGGGAAAACACCCAGGAGAAGACCGCCUUAGCCCUCCGCAAACGCCACUCUAUGCCUUCUGGCCAGGUGCGUCAGCUGCACGGACCCGAAGGCAGCCCAGGCCCCAAGCCCAGGCCAGCCUCACCAGCCGUUGCCAAACAGCACCCAGCCUCGCCAAGCCCGGGUCCCGGCUCUUCGCAUCGGCCGGGCCUGGCUCGCAGUGCCCAGUCCUCGCCCAAGGGGCGGCCUCGCAGGGAGCCUGAGGGCCAACCCAAGGCCCGUGAGCGCAAGAACGAGCAGAAGGAACGUGGGGCAGCUUCCCCAGCCCCGGAUGAGAGCUUGAAGACAAUGGGGAGCAGUGAAGCAGCAGCAGAUGCCGCUGCCCCCUCUGGCGCUACCAGCCCGAUGCCCGCACCUCCUCCCCCAACGCCAGGCAAACCGAUGGCCGGCACCACGGACCGAGAGGAGGCUGCGCGACUGCUGGCUGAGAAACGGCGGCAAGCGCGGGAGCAGCGGGAGCGGGAAGAGCAGGAACGGAAGGAGCGAGAGGAGCGGGAGCGGCACCUCGCGGAGGAGCGGACCCAGCAAGAAGCCAGAGACCGCCUACAGCAGCAGGUUGAGCUGGCCAGGUUGGAGGAGCAAGAGGCUCAGGAACGGGCCCGGGCAGAGCAGGAGGAACAAGAGCGGCUGCAGAAGCAGAAGGAGGAAGCUGAGGCUCGGGCCCGGGAGGAGGCUGAGCGUCAGCGGGUAGAACGGGAAAAACAUUUCCAGAGGGAAGAACAAGAGCGGCUGGAGCGGAAGAAGCGCCUGGAAGAGAUCAUGAAACGGACGCGAAAAGCAGACGGAGCUGAUGCAAAGAAGAAAGAGGACAAGAAGAUGGUGAAUGGCAAGGAAGGGAAGCAAGAGGGUGGAAUGAGUCCAGAUGGCAAGAAAUACCCUGGAAGUCUUCCCAAGGAAGAAGAACUGCCCGAGAUGCAACCCUCAAGUCUGGCCAGUCACAAAGGGCUGGGCCCGGAGGCCAUGCAGCACAGCUCCCCCAUGAACCCCACCCUGGCCCUGGUGAAUGGCCUGCAGUCCAGCAAGCAUGAGAAUGGCUUCUCCUCUGCCCAGGAGCCGGGCGGACGGGAGCACCCUGCAGGGCCUGGGCUAAGCGUGGCUGAUGAGCCCAUCCUGCCUUUUGCCAACAAGGAGCCCUUCCUCAACAAGGCCGUGGCCAAGGCUCCACAGAUCACAGAGGUCCUGUAGAUGGAGACACCAAAGGACAGGUGCUACAGUGUGCCAACUCCAAGCUAAAUUAGAUUGGAAGAUGAUCGCCCAAUGGACUUGAGGGCAACGCAAGGAGCCAGGCUGGGGUGCCCAGCCCCAUGGACCCUCUCUUCCUGUCCUCAUUUUAUGAUUAGUAUUAUUUUUUUAAUAAGCACCUUAUCAGACUGACCCCAUCCCAUAGCUUGUCCCUCAACACUAUAUAACCAUAGUUAUUUAACUGGCUGGUAACAAAGGAUGUGAAUAAUGUAUAUAAACUUUGAUGUUAGCGUGGGGACUGCACCCAUGGUCGCCUUUGUCAUCUCCCUGCCCCUUGGGGGGUAUUUUUAGGUGAGGGCCAGGUCAUGGGAAGGGGAGAUCCGACCCCACCUCCAGUCGGGUUUCAUAAGCGAGCGCGUGUCAAUGUUGCGGGUGAGUGUUUGUUACAGCCAAUGGGGAGCGUCUAGGUCUCCGAUUUAAACUCUCCCUGUUGGUCUCAGCCAGGAGAUGGGCAACGUUGUGUGGCUGUGUGGGUGUGUGUGUGUGCACUGUUAGCGACUCAGCAGCUGCCAUCGUCCAACACUGUGCUUUUUGUUCGGGAGGCUGCUGUUUCUCGGUGUGGCGUUGGCUGGGACUGCUGUGCUGAGUGUCACUGUGACAGUAUUAUGCAUCCGAGCAACCUUUUGCGGACAAUAAAACGGAGAAAUCAUG